GUGGCAGAUCUCAUGGAGCUCUGCAAGUCUGUGGCAGCAUGUGAGGAAACUGUGAAGAAACUGUACUCUUUGCUGGGAUGGGAGUACAGCGACACAGACUCUGAUGGUGAUGAGAAUGAGGAUGACUCCAGAAGUACAAACAAUCAAACACCAUCAUCACAAAGUGAGACUGAUGACUCUGUAGACUACAGCCCUCCAUCAUCUCAUGCUCUUCUCGUACCAAAAUUAGAAGACGAUGACAACCCACAGAGAGAUAACAGGAAAGCAGCCCAUCACAUUAUAAUUAAAGAACUUAAGGUGACCUUGACUAGAUUACCUGCAUCUACGAUCGCUAAUGAUCUACCUCAACUUCGAACUCGACCUCGACCGACGCCUCAGAGACCCUGCAGUGAGGAUGAAUCUUCAAGCAGUGCUGAGUCAGAUAGUCUGUGGGAACCAGGAGGGGACUCAAGUGACUCAGAUUUUGACAUCUCAACUUUUAAUGCUGGCUCAAACAAGAGGAGAAAAAUAAUAAAUAUAAGGAAUGGAAAGUGUAAUUGGGGUCAUGUAGCACCCCAAGCACUCACAAAUUCUGAUACUAUGAGCAAUAGAGCAGAGACGUCAACACAGACACACACCAAAAAUAUCUGCACUAAGAUAGAAACAUCGACAUCGCAAGCAAGUGCAAGUUCAAAUGCUAUAAGCAAAACAACAACAACAACAACAACACCUGAAGGCAAGACAGAUACCAAUGCUAACGGCCAGGAAAAGAAACCAUCAACAGUGCCAGCAACCAAUAACAUGACAGGAGGAACGUCUGCAACAGUCCCAGUUCGGUCUUCUACAGCAGCACCAGUCCAGUCGUCUACAGUCCCAGUCAAGUCGUCUACAACGGUCCCGGUUCGGUCUUCUACAGCAGCACCAGUCCAGUCGUCUACACUAGCACCACUUAAGUGCCAGCCCCCUGCUGUGACCCCUCCUAGCGUCCAACCAAAAGAGAUCACCGUGAACAUGACUGUCCUAGCCAGAAAGAGCACCUAUUGCUGGCAACGAGCGACAGUUUUGGAAGUAAUAACCAAGGAUGAUAAGAUGAAAUACAAAGUAAAUUUUGAAGAGAAGGGGAAGACCCUCGUGUCCGGUCACCACGUCGCCUUGGACGACAUGCCGAAGGUGGACCGGCUGUUCGUCGGCGCACGUGUGAUUGUUAAGAGUCAAGGUAAAGAGGCGGAGUUUAUGCCUGGUAUCGUGGCGGAGAUGCCCACCAGAAGAAACCGCAUGAGGUUCCUGGUGUUUACUGAUGAUCACACGCCUAUGUAUGUUGGUUUACCUGUACUUCGUCAGGUGUACAAAGCAUUGAGCGACCCUUUGGACGAUAUUAAACAUGAAAGCCACAAGUUUUUCAUGGAGGAGUACAUGAAGUCCUGGCCUUACCCGCCCCAAACCCAGUACAAGAUUGGACAAAACUUAAGUGCAGAACGUAACGGAGUCCAGCAGAAGUGUGAGGUCGUGGGGCUCGACUGCAGCUUGAUUGAGGUUCUUUUUGAGGAUGAUCAAGAAAAGGAUUGGCUCUACCGAGGCUCCAUUCGCUUGGAACACAUGGUUAAUAUGAGGGAGCAUUUGGAGAAGAAAAAACAAGAACAGUUGAUGGAUCAUAAAGACUGAUGGAACCGUGAAUGUGAGGAGAACCGGAUAGCUGAGCUGUUAGUAGCCACAACUUUUUUUUUAAGGCUUCGCAUGGAAUCAUGGAUGUGACCCUCAUCAUGUGCUUCUGAUAGUUCUGCCUUGUUGAAGAAAAUAAUGUCUUGAAACAGUCCGACACUGUAUAUAUGUGAAUUUUAUUGUCAUGUUUGUGUUUUUGAAUAAAGAUAAAGCGUUUUA